CAAGGAACGCGGAUGUUCAAUACGGAAGUGUUGUUAGGUCGGAGGCAGGCAAGGUUGCACAAUGAUGAACGUAUUUCGAAAAAGUAUUUCUAGAGGUACCUUAUCAUUUUCCAGAAUCUUGGCAGCUCGGUUUUCUGUUGAUACGGGAAGUAAAGAAUAUAUUGACGGACUUGUUAAGAAUAAAAAACUAGUUGUAUUUAUGAAGGGAACUCCAGCAGCCCCACAGUGUGGCUUCAGCAACGCAGUAGUGCAGAUAUUCAAUUUUCAUGGUGUUAAGGAUUAUGAUUCAUAUAACGUCCUCGAUGACGCUAAUCUUCGACAAGGAAUAAAGGAAUACAGUAACUGGCCUACAAUUCCCCAGGUCUUCAUUGAUGGCGAAUUUGUAGGAGGCUGUGAUCUUAUGCUUGAAAUGCACAAAAAUGGAGAAUUAGUUGAAGAACUAGAAAAAGUUGGAAUACGAUCUGCACUUUUAGACAAAAAAGAUGACCCAUAAUUCUUAUCUCUUUUUUUGCCAUUUUUUGCUUUGCCACAAAUUAAAAAUGAAAUAUAAAUAUGUUUUAAUGUA